AUGGAGCCCCAAAAGAGCUCCUCUGCGGGCGACGCCUUCAGCGGCGGUCGUCUUCCACCGCUCGCCAUGACGGCCUGCCUUCUGGCCUUCCCUUUGGUCUUCCACUAUGUGCAGACCCUCCAGGCUCACGUUCAGGGUGAGGUUGAGUACCGCAAGUCUGGCUCACGCGACAUGUGGAAGAGCAUGGGCGAGAUGGGAUCUGAGGGACCGGAGGAUGCUCUUGAUGCUCUUGUCCGUGUCACCAGG